CGUCCAGCAGCUGAUCGGUAAUCCAGAAGAAGUUUCCCCUCAGUUAGGGGGGAGCUCCACUUUGAAGCAGGAGACUCCACAACCACCCUGCAUUAAAAAGGAAGAGGAGGAACUCUGCAUCACUCAGGAGGGAGAGUGUCUUCUAGGACGAGAGGAAGCUGAUUACACCAAGUUUCCACUGAGUAUUCUCUCUGUGAAGACUGAAGAUGAUGAAGAGAAACCACAAGUAGACAACCUCUUAGCUCCACUAUCAGAUAGUGAGGCUGAAGAUGAGGUUGAAGAACCUUUGAGCAGCGAUAAAGACUGUGAAGGUGAUAUGAGGACUCACACUGACAACAAACACUCUGAAUGCUCUACAAAAAAGAGAGGUAAAACAUGUUUGAGCUGCUCAGUUUGUGCUAAAAGUUUUACUAAAAAGAGCCAUUUGACUCAACACAUGAGAACACACACAGGUGAAAAACCAUUUAAUUGUUCAGUUUGUGGAAAAAGCUUUUCUCAAAAUUGCACUUUGACUGCACACAUGAAAACACACACAGGUGAAAAACCAUUUGAAUGCUUAGUUUGCGGCAAAAGUUUUGCUCUAAAUAGCCGUUUGACUCAACACAUGAGAACACACAUACGUGAAAAACGAUUUAAUUGUUCAGUUUGUGGUAAAAGCUUUUCUCAAAAUAGCAGUUUGACUCAACACAUUAGAACACACACAGGUGAGAAACCAUUUAAAUGUUUAGUUUGUGGCAAAAGCUUUUCUCUAAAUUGCCGUUUGACUCAACACAUGAGAACACACACAGGUGAAAAACCAUUUAAUUGUUCAGUUUGUGGAAAAAACUUUUCUCAAAAUUGCAGUUUGACUGCACACAUAAAAUCACACACAGGUGAAAAACCAUUUGAAUGUUUAGUUUGUGGCAAAAGCUUUGCUCUUAAUAGCCGUUUGACUCAACACAUGAGAACACACAUAUGUGAAAAAACAUUUAAUUGUUCAGUUUGUGGUAAAAGUUUUUCUCAAAAUAGCAGUUUGACUCAACACAUGAGAACACACACAGUUGAGAAACCAUUUAAAUGUUUAGUUUGUGGCAAAAGCUUUUCUCUAAAUUGCCGUUUGACUCAACACAUGAGAACACACACAGGUGAAAAAACAUUUAAUUGUUCAGUUUGUGGGAAACGCUUUUCUCUCAAUUGCAAUUUUACACAACACAUGAGAACACACACAGGUGAAAAGCCAUUUAUUUGUUCGGUUUGUGGCAAAAGUUUUUAUCGAAAUUGCCGUUUAACUCAACACAUGAAAACACACACAGGUGAGAAACCAUUUAAAUGUUUAGUUUGUGGCAAAAGCUUUUCUCAAAAUUGCCGUUUGACUCUACACAUGAGAACACACACAGGUGAAAAAACAUGUAACUGUUCAGUUUGUGGCAAAAUCUUUUCUCGAAAUAGCUCUUUGACUGAACACAUGAGAAGACACACAGGUGAAAAACCAUUUAACUGUUCAAUUUGUGAUGAAAACUUUUCUAUUAAGAGCCAUUUGACUGAACACAUGAGAACACACACAGGUGAAAAACCAUUUAGUUGUUCAGUGUGCUGUAAAAGUUUUACUAAAAAUAGCCAUUUGACUCAACACAUGAGAACACACACAGGUGAAAAACCAUUUAAUUGUUCAGUUUGUGGCAAAAGCUUUUCUCGAAAUAGCUAUAUGACUAAACACAUGAGAAUACACACAGGUGAAAAACCAUUUAAUUGUUCAGUUUGUGGCAAAUGCUUUUCUCGAAAUAGCCAUUUGACUCAACACAUGAGAACACACACAGGAGAAAAAACAUUUAAGUGUUCAGUUUGUGGCAACAGCUUUUCUCGAAAUAGCUCUUUGAUUCAACACAUGAUAACACACACAGGUGAAAAAACAUGUAAUUGUUCAAUUUGUGGCAAAAGCUUUUCUCGAAAUAGCUAUUUGACUAAACACAUGAGAACACACACAGGAGAAAAAUCAUGUAAUUGUUCAGUUUGUGGCGAAAGCUUUUCUCGAAAUAGCUAUUUGACUAAACACAUGAGAACACACACAGGUGAAAAACCAUUUAAUUGUUCAGUUUGUGGCAAAAGCUUUUCUCGAAAUAGCUAUAUGACUAAACACAUGAGAAUACACACAGGUGAAAAACCAUAUAAGUGUUCAGUUUGUGGCGAAAGCUUUUGUCGAAAUAGCAUUUUGACUGUACACAUGAGAACACACACAGGAGAAAAACCAUUUAGUUGUUCAUUUUGUGGCAAAAGCUGUUCUGGUAAGAGCACUUUGAUUGAACACAUGAGAACACAUACAGGUGAAAAACCAUUUAGUUGUUCAGUUUGUGGCAAAAGCUUUUCUGUUAAGAGAAAAUUGACUCACCACAUGAGAAAACAUGCUUGAGAAAAAACAUUUAGUUGUUCAGUGGGCUGUAAAAGGUUCCCACGUAAUACAGACACAGCAAAACACAUAAGAACACACAAGGUAAAAUAACCAUUUAGCUGUUUAGUUUGUGGUAUGUUGCUCAUAUGUGGCGACAUCCACCCUACCCAGGACCUCCUCACUGCUUCUUUCACAAAUAUCUGAAGUAUUCAUACAAACUGGGAUUAUUUGGAGCAUAAUCUUAUCCAAUCUUAUCUCUGUCUCUGAAACCUUCCUGAACAUUAAAAUAGCUGAUGCUUCAAGUGCUUGGUUACUCCUUCUUCAGUCCAGGGACCUGGGGCCUCAUGUGUCAAGUUUGUGCACGCUCAAAAACUUGCACUACACCCUUUUUCACUGCAAAGUUGAGAUGUAUCAAAACUGACAUUGACGCAUAAGUGAUGCUUGGUAACUGUUUGCAUAAAAAAGUGCCAACUUUUACUCCUCAGACUGAUUGAUUUGCAAAUCAGAGACAUUAGAACAAUUAAACCCCAACACCCACAACCCAACCCCCACCUCCCUCGACAUUUGGGCAUAACAGGUUCAAUCUGGCCCGCGAGAUGAGUUUGCGAAGUGUAAAAUUCAGCUGCAUUUUUUUAUGGAAGAAACUGCUGUUCUAAUUGUGUCCACUGGAUGUCGCAAUAGCAAUUCUGUUCGGCAAGCAAAUAGUUUAUACCGAGCAAGUAUACCAAGCAAGAGGUACACGGGCUGUGACUCCUUCCUCUCCACCCAUCAGAGGAGAUGUAAGAAUGCAAAAGUCAAAUGAAGAAAGUGGAAGAGCAAAACAAGCGCUUGUGUAAAGAAAAUAAUGAUGUGAAAGAAGAGAUGUUGGGGAAGAGUAAGAGAUGUGAAGAGAAGACUGGACCACAUGUCUACAUCAACGUGCAGAGGAUUGGAGGUCAUAAAGAAUAAGAAAAUAAAAAAUGUAUGCUGUGUUCAAACACUAGUGGUAAAAUAAGCUAGCUGGUAGUGUUUUUGUUGUACUGUAAAGUUCAAAUUUGAAUUGCAAUAAAAAUAAGUCUAAGUUACAAACAUCUGAGCCUUUUUAAAUAUUUGUAUUUAUUUCUAGUUCUUAUCUUCUUGUUUUUCUAAAAAUGUUGUAUUGAAUUCCUUUGGUGGUGGUAUGGGAUGAUAUGUUUUAAUAACAGAUAGUUUAUGUUAAAAAUGUGCCUGAAAUUAAACAAAGCCCCAAAUUCGAAAAGACAACUUUCACGAGGGUGUGACACGAAUAUUCAAGAAACGGAAUUCAGAAAAAUUCAAGCAGAAAACCUGAAUUUGAUUUGUUUUUCAUAUUGCUAUAGUCAUUUUAAUUUAUUUUUACUCUGAUUUUUAUUUUAUGUGGUAUUUAUUUGUUACUAAUGUAUAUCUGGUUGUUCUUUUAGAUUAUAUUUAAAAUUGAGUU